CAUAACAUACGACGAUAAAACGUAUGUUAAGUGAAGAAAAUAUAUUUCAUAGAAAGAUGAAGUAAUAUUCGAUAAUUCAAUGUACCUGCACCAAAACAGUACGUUUUUCUCCGGUCCUCGCCAUUGUUUACGGAAGUAAAUUACGUCCCUUCUUCCACCAGAUGGCGUUGAAGCAAUGAUGGCGGAUUGUUCAAAGCAAGAAGAUUCGCUUGGAUAAUUUUUGGAAGAAAUUCUAUUUUUUUCGGUCAUCACCAUGGCAUAUACAGAUUUUCCUCACCAAAAUCAGCUCCAGUUUAAUCUCAAUGUUCCUCUGAAAGCCAAGAACUUAAUGGUGCAACAUCAUCAUCUCCAGCCAGUGGUAAUUGAGAGAGUCCAUGACAGGAGGGGAACAUUCACAGGGAGACCUAAUGUCCUCCCCAGCUCUCAGUCCUCUUUCCAGUUUCAAUCUGUGUCUGAGGACCGCAUGGCUAUGGCCAUACAGAUGGCCAGACGUGAUUUAAAAAACAAGAAAAGCCAACAAAAGUCUGGUGUCAGAAGUCGGUCUCCAUCCCCUAGAUCGUCUAAGACUCGAGUGAUACAUAGUAAAGAGUACUUGGAAAGACAGAAGAAGUGGGUAGGGAAGAGUAAAAAGCCCUUCAGUGUGAGGGAGCGAGAUUUGAACAGGCAUCCAAGGACAAUGAAAACUCAAACCCCAUCACAGUCUCCUAAACCAUUCCUGAAUACCAGGGCAGUCAGUCGUCUUCCAGUUACCACAAACAGUCCACCUACCCGUGACAUAGAUGUGUACCCCCGCUACAAGGUGAGAGAGGACCUGGAGCCCUCAGACAACAUAGAGAGACUGCAGCUGGAGCUGGAGGGCUACCUCCAGCAGAUAAAGCGGGUCGGGGAGAAGGCACUGCACGAUCCUGACCACUUUGUUCAUCGAUCCCGAAGUCGAAAGAAAGAUGGCUAUCUCUCUGACGAGGAAGAUGAAGAGAGGAGGGUGACCAGAACAGAAGAAUUUGCCACCCGUGCUGCCCGGAACCUGUACAACCUGAGACAGCAAGUGCGUCAGAUCCAGAGAGACUUGAUCAACCUGGGGCCUGACAGCAAGGUCAAACAGACAAAAAAGAGUCAAGCGAUGUCCAAGCUGGCUGCAGCUCACAGAGGAGCAGCAAGAGCAAUUCAAGCCUUUGUCACCAACCUCCCUCAACAAGACUUACGGAGUGGCCUCCCUUCCUCCUUUCAUGAGCUGUCCCUGUUGAUCCGCCAGUUGACUCAACUCAGCUCCCAGAUCAAGCAGGGCCAGGACAGUCUGGUGCAGACAGAGUUGACCAGCAUGCUGGACAAAGUGGAUGACCUGAACGAUGCAUGGGAGAGAGAGGUGAGGCAGCGAAGGAACGCGAACCGCGAGUCGCCACCCAGGAAGCGUUCUCCGGUGAGUCGGCAACUGUUUGACAGGGAGGAGGAGAGGGUGAAACAGUUCAGGGCACAGAUGAGGGGACACGGCAAGGAAAAUAAACCAAAGGGUGUGCUGAAGAAAACAUUCAAGCAUUCCUAUCAGGCACCUGCUCCGAAAGUGCAGCCACGGAAAGAGAAGUCCCCCGACAGACAAGCUACGCUGCGAGCUGGCAUCGCUGCCUUGAUGCGGGACCGGGACCCGUCUCUUGAAGGUCGGCCUAGAGGAGGUGUGUCGUGGAACAUCUCACUAGACAACAAGCCCUCACAGAAGAAAGGCCUGUUACUACCAGCCAAAUUACAGGCAAAACGGGAGAAGCUCCACAAGCAUCAUCCCCAGGUAGUGACAGACAGCCAUUUUGCUGAUCCAACGAUAGCCGCCAAUCGUAAAGCUGUUCUCCCUCUUCACAACCCGUUCGAUGACGACUCCCGGCCAAACUCAGCUCCAUCCUCCCCAGGACAGAGAUAUCGAAGCCAGUCUCACAGUCCAGGCAGACUUGGCUCUCGUCACCCCUGGAAACCCCCAGGCACCCCGACCAAAAGUCCUGCCACGCCCAAACAUCGGAGUCGCUCUUUCAGUCCACCAGGUUCUCGUAUGAGGUUCUUUGUUGAAGAUGUAGACAAAGAUAUUGUGAAACAACUGUUUCCUGAUGACGAGAAACAAACCUUUAAGCACAAUCGUAAAUCAAGAAGUGUUUCAUCCCCAGGGAGAAACAGGUCUCCUAGAGCAUCAAGCAUGUCAAGACGGAGAGAACCGCUGCGGAAUUCCUUUGUGUCAAGCGUGGUAGACGAGGCUAAGAAGAGGAUGAAGCCAUAUCUCAAGAAGGGCGCUGCUUCAUAUCCUGGCUACCGUCAGUCCCGGAGGUCGUCACCAUCGCCCGACAGAUCCAGUAUUUAUGACGACUCUGUGAGUAGCCAGCUGCUUGAGGACAUCCUUGCAGAAACAGUCCAUGAUCUUCACAACAUGGAUGAAAGGGAGAGGGUACGCAAGAAGGCUGUGUCCAUGCAAGAUGCACCGACUCUUGAGACUAUAUUCCAGAGGUUAGAGGAAAUGGAGCAAGAACAGGUGGACAUUCGACGUAGAUGGGCAACGGUCAGCUAUACAAACCCCCAGCCAGUGUCCAAGUACUUCACCACAAAGGAGGUUUUGUCAGAUCGCCCGCGCUCUCCACCAGCUAUUGAGGUACACAGGACUGGUGGACCAUCAACACCACCCAGACAUGUCAAAUUUUCACAACAACCCCCAGAGCAGCCAAUAGUGUUUACCAAAGAAUCACAGCGGUCCAAAUGGACUGAGAGUUUCUCCCACAAGGUUCCCGAGGAUGCCAGUGAGCGUGAGCCCGUGACAAUGCCCAGCAUGUGCAGACCUCGGACGUUGUUGUCCAUCCCCCAGUCUGUGGCCAGCAGGAUCGACAACCACCAGGAGGCAUACAGCAACUACCUCAAGAAGAUGUCCCAUCACCCACAGGGGAUCUUCCAGCCAUGGAAACUUGUCCAGCAGAUCAGUGAUGAGAUUUUCACAGAAUGUUUGAAAGAGGUAACGGGAGAACUGGAUGACUUCAACGAAGCAAUUGCAAACCAUUUGUACAAGUCGGAGUUCAUGGAAGCCAAAGGUCAGACCCCUUCACCAGAGGUCAGGCAAUCUAUGUCAAAGUUCACGAGUAGGACCACUUCACCAGAGGCUAGAGUGUCCUUGACCCAAGCCGAAGAAAGGCUUGUUGGGAGGGAUAUAUCUCAUAAUGCGACUUCCAAGCAUGUGAGUGUGUCUUCACGACCCGUUGAAGAUGUUGAGGAUGAGGAAGAGGAUGACGAGGAUGAUGAUGAUGAUGAUGAUGACGAAGACCUCGGGAGUGAGGACUGGCAGACAGAUGAUGAGGAUGAUGCCAGCUAGUGCUGGGACUGGUGUCUGCAUGCCCUGUGAGUUUGUGUGGAGAUCCAAGUCAGUUCAGCAUGGAGAGGCAGUGUAUCUAUGAAGACACAGUCCAAGCACAUAAGCUUGGCUUGUAAGAUGGUUAAGUAUGUAUGACUGACUUUUAGCUGUGGGACAAACUGAAGAUGUGGAACAUCUUUGUGACUUUUAUCCCUUGUUUGAUUUUGUAUGAUAGAAAUAUCCACAUGUAAUGAUAAUCCUGUUGAUGUCUUUCCAUACCAAGCUGUGAUAUUUAUUCAGUGGAUCUUGUGAAUCUGCUGUUGAUGGAAAGUGAUCUGUAUUUGCCAACCUGUCGUGGACAUGAGGAACUUUGCAGAUAGGAAUGUGUUGAAGACAGCUGGGUUGUUUGUGUGAUAUGCUUCACCCCAGACUGUCCAGCUGACGGAGUGUUCCGUGAUUGUAACCCACGGUGGUCAUAUUUCCCCACAAACUGUUUACCGUCCAGAUAUUACUAUGUAUGUCAAUAUUUAUACAAGGCCAUGGCAGGAUCUACUGUUGAUGUACACUCAUGUCAAGGUUGACAAAUGUAGGAUAAAUGUCAACAUGAGUGAAUAACAAAUAUGUGGUACUUUUCAGGGGGGGGAUGUUUAGUUUUUGUUGGGGUUUUUUUUGGGGGGGGGACUGUAAUGAUAAUAUUCAUACUUGUUAAUAAUAAUAUAGCCCUUGUUUGAAACCUUGGAUUGUAGAGGGUCAAUGUCAAUGUGUGGGGCUUCAUGUUACUGAUGUUACUAGGGUGUGUAGGGCAGGGGUCAAUAUUCGGGGCUUCAUGUUACUGAUUAUACUAGGGUGUGUAGGGCAGGGGUCAAUAUUCGGGGCUUCAUGUUACUGAUGUUACUAGGGUGUGUAGGGCAGGGGUCAAUAUGAGGGGCUUCAUGUUACUGAUGUUACUAGGGUGUGUAGGGCAGGGGUCAAUAUGUGGGGCUUCAUGUUACUGAUGUUACUAGGGUGUGUAGGGCAGGGGUCAAUAUGUGGGGCUUCAUGUUACUGAUGUUACUAGGGUGUGUAGGGCAGGGGUCAAUAUUCGGGGCUUCAUGUUACUGAUGUUACUAGGGUGUGUAGGGCAGGGGUCAAUAUGAGGGGCUUCAUGUUACUAGGGUGUGUAGGGCAGGGGUCAAUAUUCGGGGCUUCAUGUUACUGAUGUUACUAGGGUGUGUAGGGCAGGGGUCAAUAUGUGGGGCUUCAUGUUACUGAUGUUACUAGGGUGUGUAGGGCAGGGGUCAAUAUUCGGGGCUUCAUGUUACUGAUGUUACUAGGGUGUGUAGGGCAGGGGUCAAUAUGUGGGGCUUCAUGUUACUGAUGUUACUAGGGUGUGUAGGGCAGGAGUCAAUA